CGUGACACCCGAGUGCCGAAGUGGUACUUCGGAGGUCUGGCCAGUGCGGGGGCCGCCUGUUGUACUCACCCCUUAGAUCUGCUCAAAGUUCACUUGCAAACCACGACAGUGAAGGCUAAGUUGAGUGCCGGUCCCUCAGCACCUGCCGCUCAGAUCGGACUCGUGGCCAACACUCUACUCAUCGUCAGGAGUGAAGGCGUUUUAGCGCUUUAUAACGGAUUAACUGCUUCUCUAUUAAGACAAUUGACUUAUUCGACCAUAAGAUUCGGGAUCUACGAAGUGGCCAAACAGAGGAUCUCUCCAAAUGGGGAACAAUUACCACUUUUGCAGAAAAUGCUUUUGGCCGGUGUUUCUGGUGCUGUCGGAGGUUUCAUCGGCACUCCGGCAGAUAUGGUGAACGUGCGGAUGCAAAAUGACAUUAAACUGCCCGCAGAGAGUAGGCGUAACUAUAAGCACGCCAUCGAUGGCCUGAUCCGAGUUUACAGACACGAGGGAAUCAAAUCUCUUUUUAAUGGCACUACAAUGGCCACCAGUAGG